GUCUCUCUCUCCUCCCUUUUAAAAGUCUUUCUUCUCCAUUUUAGAGAGAGAAACCGCAAGAUUCUGGUACACACACAUAUUGUUAUCUCUCUUUCUAGAUACGAGCAAAGGAAGAAGAAACGAGCAAGAGUUGUUUUCGAUUCUCUUGAAAUGCAGACAAGAACAGUUCAAGUAAUCAAUGUAUCGGAUCUGGCUACUGAAAGAGAGAUUCAUGAGUUUUUCUCAUUUUCUGGAGAUAUAGAGCAUGUUGAGAUUUGGCGGGAUUUAAGUCAGUCGAAGACUGCUUUUGUUACGUUUCGAGAUCCAAAAGCUCUUGAAAUUGCUUUGUUGUUAUCGGGUGCAACUAUUGUAGACAAAAUUGUUACAAUUAUUGCAGUAGAAAAUCAUGUACCAAUGACACAGACGGUAGAAACAGUAAUUGAUGUUACAGAAGCAACAUCUGGUAAUAGUUCACCAAUGGCUGAGGAGAAGAGUGGUUCACCGAAAACAGGAAGAGUAUAUGUAUCGAAAGCUCAAGAUGUUGUAUCGAACAUAAUGGCGAAAGGUUCAGCAAUUGGACAAGAUGCGAUGAAUAAGGCGAGAGCGUUUGAUGAAAAGCACAAACUAAGAGCUAAUGCAUCUGCUAAAGUGAUAUCUUUUGAUAAGAAAGUUGGGCUUACAGAAAAGCUAACGGUUGGCAUAGCAGUAGUUAAUGAGAAGGUGAAAUCUGUAGAUCAGAAGCUUCAAGUAUCAGAUAAGACAAUGGCAGCAAUAAUGGCUGCAGAGAGAAAGAUAAAUAAUACUGGAUCAGCAGUGAAAUCAAGCAGAUAUGUUACUGCAGGAACAUCUUGGUUAAAUGGUGCUUUCAGUAGAGUGGCUAAGGCUGGUCAAGUUGCUGGUGUAAAGACACGAGAAAAGUGGAAUUUGGCUGUUUCAAAUGUGACAGCAAAGCAGGAUCCACCAAUUGCUGUGUAGACAGAGUUUCAAGAAAAGCAAUAUUAUUAGUAAGGUGUUCAGUUUCUUCUUAUUAUUAUCUUUGUGUAAACAUUAGCUAUAUAAUGGUAAUGGGUGUGUAUUCAUUUCAAAGAAUUUCAGACUCAAGUUGUUGUGAUUUGCAUGCAUUUGGGUGUAGGUAUAUUUUUUGUUCUACAAAUUAAGACCUCUCUUGUGUAGUAGUAGUGUAAUUUUUCGAUUCGUUAGUUCGUUUGUAAUAGUCAAAUUUCUAUUUUUUUGAACACACAAGAGUGUUGUAAUGAUUUCUUAUUCAAGCCAUUUGUCUCGUCUA